AUGGCGAUUGGCCUGGCAGCUCUGGGGCUCCUCGCUUUCCUGCUCGGCUGCUCGGGAACCUUUGCCGAACCCCAAAACCUGGAGUCAGCCGCCAAGUGCUCCCUGACCGGCACCUGGAAGAGUGCUUUGGGCAACAUCAUGGAGAUCGACAGCGUCAGUGACACGGGGGUGUUCAGCGGCACCUUCUAUAUCUGUACGGUACCAUUGCGGUUCUCCAGCAAGCCCGUCCCGCCAUCCCCGCUGCAGGGCAUCCAGCACCUGGACUCGCAGCCCACCUUUGGCUUCACCGUCAGCUUGAGCUUCGUUGAAAUGACCAUCGUCUUUGCGGGCCAGUGUCUGGUGGACAAGAACGGAAAGGAGCAGCUGAGGACAAACUGGGUAUUUCAGGACUUCGUGGAAUCCCCAGAAGAGGAUUGGGAGGAGACCACGGUUCAAAGGAGCACCUUCUACCGCACAGAGUGA